CAUUCUCCCCUAACGAAGUCAUGAAGCAACGAUUCUCUUCUUUGGAUGUCAAGGUCAUAGCACACGAGCUUUCAAAGAACCUCUGCCCUCUCAGAGUCACCAAUGUUUACGAUCUAUCAUCGCGCAUAUUCCUCUUCAAAUUCCAUAAGCCAGAUCAACGAGAACAACUGGUAGUCGACUCCGGCUUCCGCUGCCAUCUCACCAGCUAUGCGCGAUCCACCGCAGCUGCGCCCUCCCCAUUCGUCGCCCGCCUUCGGAAGUUCCUCAAGACCCGAAGAGUCACAUCCAUCUCCCAAGUCGGUACGGACCGAAUAAUAGAGUUCCAAUUUUCAGAUGGCCUAUACAGGGUGUACCUCGAGUUCUAUGCGGGCGGCAACAUCGUUCUUACGGAUGAAAAUCUGAAGAUCCUUGCGCUUCUGCGCAGUGUUGAUGAAGGCGCGGAACACGAGCAGAUGAGGGUUGGCUCGGAAUACAACUUGUCCCUACGGCAGAACUAUGGCGGGGCACCACCUCUGACCAAGGAAAGGCUGAAGGACGCGUUACAAAAAGCUCUGGACAAGCAGCAGCUGGAUACUGGCGCUAUAGGGAGGAAUGCGAAGAAGAAGGGCAAGGAUCUAAUAAGGAAGGCUUUGGCAGUUUCUAUCACAGAGUACCCGCCACUACUUGUCGAUCAUACCUUGCAUACGGUUGGGUUUGAUACCACUUUGAAGCUGGAACAAGUGCUGGAAGAUGAUACAUUACUGGACAAACUGCUUGCUUCAUUCGACGUAGCUAAAGAGGUGUCGGAUGAGAUUACGAGUGGAGACCUAGCCCGCGGAAUCAUUCUAGCCAAACCCAACCCAGCAGCGGCCGUGUCGAAAGAUGAACCGAGCGAAGGCGCAAGCACCGACAAAGCUUCCGAGCUACUCUAUGAUGACUUCCACCCAUUCAGACCAAAACAAUUCAAGGAUUCCGACUACACUUUUCUUGAAUUCGAGGGGUACAACAAGACUGUGGAUGAGUAUUUUUCGUCCAUCGAAGGCCAAAAGCUAGAAUCCAAAUUGUACGAGCACGAAAGAAAUGCAAAGAAGAAGCUGGAAAAGGCACGGCAGGAGCAUGCUAAGCGCAUCGGAGGUCUUCAGCAAGUUCAAGAACUGAAUGUUCGAAAAGCGGAAGCAAUUCAAGCGAAUGUUGAUCGAGUCCAGGAAGCCACGGCAGCUGUGAAUGGACUAAUCGGCCAAGGUAUGGAUUGGGUUGAAAUCGCGCGCCUAAUAGAGCGCGAGCAAAGACAAGGGAACGCCGUAGGCCAGAUGAUAAAACUUCCUCUCAAGCUUUACGAGAACACGGUCACGUUAUUACUCGACGAACCAAACUCAGAGAGUGAUGAAGAGGAUGACGAGGGUUACGAGACGAGUUCCGUCAGUGGUGACUCGGAAAGCGAGGACGACAAACGAAAGAAGAAGAAACCACCUCCGAAACCUGUGGAUAAGAGGUUAGCUAUCGACAUUGAUCUCGGACAGUCGCCUUGGGUCAAUGCCAAGCGAUACUUUGAUGAAAAGAAGAGCGCCGUUGUAAAAGAAGGCAAGACGAUACAGGCAUCGACUAUGGCAUUGAAGAGUAUUGAGAAGAAGGUCACCAUCGAUCUUAAGAAGGGCCUUAAGCAGGAGAAGGCUAUACUUCAACCUGUUCGCAAACAGCAUUGGUUUGAAAAGUUCAUGUAUUUCAUCUCCUCCGAUGGCUACUUGGUGAUCGGUGGGAAAGACGCACAGCAGGCCGAGAUUAUUUACAAAAGGUAUCUGAAGAAAGGCGACGUAUACGUCCAUGCGGAAUUGCAUGGUGCAUCUUCCGUCAUAAUUAAGAACAAUCCAUCGACCCCGGAGGCGCCGAUACCUCCAUCCACACUUUCUCAGGCCGGUAACUUAUCAGUCGCAACUUCGGAUGCGUGGGACUCGAAGGCCGUUAUGUCCGCUUGGUGGGUGAACGCAAACCAGGUCUCGAAGACAACCCCUGCUGGAGAGUAUUUGGCUGCUGGGGGCUUCAUAAUUGGUGGGAAGAAGAACUUCUUGCCGCCUGCGCAGCUGAUCCUGGGCUUCGCCGUGAUGUUCCAAAUCAGCGACGAGAGUAAAGCAAAGCAUGUCAAACAUCGACUGUUAGACGAAGGUGCGUCAGAAAGAACUGCAGCGGAAGGUGCAGCAAAGUACCAAGUGGAACAAGAGCAGCAGAAACCUGCAGGUUUUCAGUCAGAUAGCGAUAGCGAUGAGGACUUCCCUGAUGCAAAGUUGGAGUCUGCAUCAGACGACAGCGAUGAGGAGUCAGAAACAGCGGAUCAGAGUAACCCACUGCAAGGAAGAGGGAACUCAGCGGCACCACUGAGUGUGCAGGACUCGGACUCUGAAGACGACGAGGAGCCAGAAGCAGAAGCGCCUGCUAUCAAGGAGCCGGCGCCAGACCCUGACUUACCUCCUGCGAAAGCUGGAGAAAGUACUGACGAGGUGGACGAAGAUGUCCAAUCCCUUGCAUCCACGGCUCAGACCGAUAAGACCGGUCGUCGCCACCUAUCUGCACGCGAAAGACGAUUACUUCGUAAAGGACAGCACCUCGACUCUACUACCACUCCCUCCGGCCCUCCCUCAACCCGUGGUAGCGCCACGAAUGACGACGAGCGAUCUGACUUGGACGGGGCACUCGAUUCAGACAAAGCCACCGAUGAUGCUACUUCCAAGCCGUCCAAAACAUCGAACGCUCCUGUCAAACCCCUACCCCGAGGGAAACGAACAAAAGCUAAGAAAAAGGCUGCUAAAUACGCAGAACAGGACGAAGAGGAUCGCGCGUUAGCUAUGCGUCUAUUAGGAUCCAAGGCAGGUCAAGAGGCCGCAGCGGCUGAAGCUGAAGCUAAGAAGAAGAAAGAAGAGGACCUAGUAGCGGCGAAGCAGCGGCGAAGGGAACAGCACCUGCGCGUACAAGCUCUCGGUCGAGCCGCAGAAGAGGCUCGUCGGGCGGCUCACGAGGGUGAAACUGCGGGACCUGGUGCAGAUGAUGGUGCCGCUGAUGAAGAAGCUACGAAACUCGAACUCGCUGGCUUAGACGCCUUUAUCGGACGCCCGCUCCCUGGCGACGAGCUUCUUGAAGCAAUACCAGUUUGCGCUCCUUGGUCUGCGCUUGCGAGCUACAAGUAUAAAGUCAAACUUCAACCAGGGUCGACUAAGAAAGGCAAAGCGGUCAAGGAAAUUCUUAGUCGGUGGGAUGGAGCAUUCAAGAACCCGAAGACGGUGGACAAGACUAGCCAGGAUGCUGAAUACAUUUGGCCACGGGAGAUUGACCUCAUCAAGGGUUGGAAGGAGGCGGAAAUCUACGGUGUAGUGCCAGUAGGAAAGGUUAGGGUUAUGAUGGCCGGUGGGGGCAGCGGAGGAGGUGGCGGAAAGACGCCGCGGAAGGGGAAGAGUGGUAGAGGUGGUAGAGGCUCGAAGAAGUAGAGGCUGUACUUAGGUACUGGUAGAGAUGGUAUUUAGUCGUCUGCCUAUGGACUUGUCACUGGUUGCAAACACAGGCAGUGCAUACGAACAUGAGAACCUUGUAUCGUUUGACUAGAUUUUGAAGAGUACUCAAUACCUUUGCAUCAU